UGCUUGCACCUUCUUGCAUGACGUGCACCCCUGGGCGCAGCGGGCGAAUGGUCUGGCCCGUUGGUAGCCGACACCCCUUGGGCACGGCAGCUGCUCCAGCUGCUCCUGGUCGGGUUGAGCUUCUGAGCUCUGAGCCGUGGCUGCCCCGGCGGUGGGCGAGCUGAGGGUAUCUCAGGGCCACCCGCAAGGGGCCGACGGGGAGCCGCCAGCCGUGGGUAGGGAGUGUGGGCCACCAAGGGACCGGUCACUGGAGCCACCCGGCGAGGUGCCAAAGCUGUUUUAAAGUGAUUGGCAGAGAUUUGGGAAGAAGAGCUGGGGGCAGUUCUCUGAAGCUGAUGUUUGGACUGUUGUGAUUUCUGGUAGCUUCCUAGCCCAAAACUUGUGUCGUGAAAUCUGAGACUUUGACCCAGAUACUAUGAUAGGAACUUCCUGUGAUUUGGGGCAUAUCCUGCUUAGAUGAACGUGGGAUUUUCAGAUUUACUGAGAACUUGGUACUGUACACACGUUUCUUGCUCAUUUGGCAAAGGUGACCAUGCCGUCUCUGCCUCAAGAAGGGGUUAUUCAGGGAUCCUCUGCCCUGGAGCUGAAUACAGAGUUACCUUAUCAAUGCACAAUGAAAAGGAAAGUCAGAAAAAAGAAAAAGAAGGGAGUCAUUACCGCGAAUGUUGCUGGGACAAAGUUUGAAAUUGUUCGUUUAGUGAUAGAUGAAAUGGGAUUUAUGAAAACUCCAGAUGAGGAUGAAACAAGUAACCUUAUAUGGUGUGAUGCUGCCGUUCAGCAGGAGAAGAUUACAGAGCUACAGAACUACCAGAGGAUCAACCAUUUUCCAGGAAUGGGGGAGAUCUGUAGGAAGGAUUUCUUAGCAAGAAAUAUGACCAAAAUGAUCAAGUCUCGCCCUCUGGAUUAUACUUUUGUUCCUCGAACGUGGAUUUUCCCUUCUGAAUAUACUCAGUUCCAAAACUAUGUGAAAGAAUUGAAGAAAAAAAGGAAGCAGAAAACUUUUAUAAUAAAACCAGCUAAUGGUGCAAUGGGUCAUGGGAUUUCAUUGAUAAGAAAUGGGGAUAAAAUUCCAUCUCAGGAUCAUUUGAUAGUUCAAGAAUACAUUGAAAAGCCUUUCCUAAUGGAAGGCUACAAGUUUGAUUUACGGAUUUAUAUUUUGGUUACAUCCUGUGAUCCAUUAAAGAUAUUUCUCUACCAUGAUGGGCUUGUGCGAAUGGGGACAGAGAAGUACAUCCCACCAAAUGAGUCCAACUUGACCCAGUUAUACAUGCAUCUGACCAACUACUCUGUGAACAAACAUAACGAGCGGUUCGAACGCAACGAAACCGAAGACAAAGGCAGCAAACGUUCAAUCAAGUGGUUUACAGAAUUCCUACAGGCCAAUCAACAUGAUGUUUCUAAAUUCUGGAAUGAUAUUUCAGAAUUGGUGGUAAAGACGCUGAUUGUAGCAGAACCUCAUGUCUUGCAUGCAUAUCGGAUGUGCAGACCUGGUCAGCCCCCAGGAAGCCAAAGCGUCUGCUUCGAAGUCCUGGGAUUCGACAUCUUGUUGGAUAGAAAGCUGAAGCCAUGGCUUCUGGAGAUUAAUCGAGCCCCAAGCUUUGGAACUGAUCAGAAAAUAGAUUAUGAUGUGAAAAGGGGAGUUCUGCUAAAUGCGCUGAAGCUACUGAACAUCAGGACCAGUGAUAAAAGGAAAAAUUUGGCCAAACAAAAAGCCGAAGCUCAAAGGAGGCUGUAUGGUCAUAAUCCAAUAAAGAAGAUUUCACCAGGCUCCUCCGACUGGGAACAGCAGAGGCAUCAGCUGGAGAGGCGGAAAGAAGAGUUGAAAGAGAGACUCGUUCAAGUACGAAAGCAGGUUUCGCGAGAAGAACAUGAAAACCGACACAUGGGGAAUUACAGGAGAAUUUAUCCUCCUGAAGAUAAAACACUGCUCGAAAAGUACGAGAGUUUGCUGGCUGUUGCAUUCCAGACAUUCCUUUCAGGAAGAGCAGCUUCGUUCCAGCGAGAACUGAACAAUCCUCUGAAAAAGAUGAAGGAGGAAGAUAUUUUGGAUCUCCUGGAACAAUGUGAAAUCGACGAUGAAAAGUUGAUGGGGAAAACUACCAGGAUUCGAGGACCAAAGCCCCUGUGUUGCAUGCCUGAGUAUGUGGAGGUGAUGAAGAAGCAGAAUUACAACAGCAGCGAGAGCAGCUGUGGCAGCAGCAGCAGUUCCGAAUCGGAUGAGGAUGAGAAAGAACUGUGUCAGAAGAGACGAGAGCCAGCCCCGUAUAACCUUAAGCACACCAGUCACUGCAAACUAAUUCAACAAUCCAAUUCCAUGAGGCGUUCGGUCAGCUGCCCUCGGUCCAUCUCUGCUCACUUACCUUCCAGUGGGGAUGCGCGCCCCUUUUCUUCUCAACAAGUGAUACCAUUAGCACGGCCAACUUCAGCAUCUCGGUCACAUUCCUUAAACCGUGCUUCCCCCUACAUGAGACACCUGCCUAACAGUAAUGAUGCCAGCUCUACCAACUCUGUGGUGAAUGAGUCUUUGCGGCAAUUGAAAACAAAAGAACAGGAAGAUGACCUCACAAGUCAGACCUUGUUUGUUCUCAAGGACAUGAGGAUCCGCUUUCCAGGGAAGUCAGAUGCAGAGUCAGAGCUUCUGAUAGAAGAUAUCAUGGAUAACUGGAAGCAUUAUAAAACAAAAGUUGCUUCAUAUUGGCUCAUAAAAUUGGACUCCACAAAACAACGGAAAGUUUUAGACAUAGUAAAAUCCAGUGUCCGUACAGUUCUUCCAAGGAUCUGGAGGGUCCCCGAUGCUGAAGAAGUGGCUUUAUACCGGAUUUUCAACCGGGUGUUUAAUCGCUUACUCUGGAGUCAUGGCCAAGGUCUAUGGAGUUGUUUCUGUGAUUCAGGGACUUCAUGGGAGAGCAUCUUCAGUAAGAGCUCAGAGGUGGUGACUCCGCUGCAGCUGCAGUGUUGCCAGCGCCUGGUGGAGCUUUGCAAGCAGUGCCUGCUGAUAGUUUACAGGUACACAACUGAAACGCGGGGGCCUCUCACAGGCAUUGGUCCCGACUGGGGUAACUCCAGGCAUUUGCUACCAGGGAGUACCCAAUUCCUCAUGAGAUCAUCACUGUACAACAUGAAAUAUAAUUCACCCGGAAUGACUCGCUCCAAUGUUUUGUUUACAUCCCGAUAUGGCCAUUUGUGAGACUGAGUAGAAGACUGCCAUGGGCUAUAUAUAAUAACAAUUCAUUUAUUUUCUCCAGCUGAACCUUAAGGACGUGGCCCUUAUGUGCUGUUUUAUGUAUAUAUGUCAUAGAAGUGUGUGGAAUACAUACACAUAUGCACUCAAGUAACAUAUAAAUAUAUAUUUAUUAUAUGUAAGAAGAAUUAGCAGAAAACUGAAUAUAAGGUUUAACCUUUCUGGAAAUGUAAUAAACCAUAUUAAAGUUGUUUACACAAAUAUGCAAAUGUGUAGAAUUUGCUAGGUUUAUAAUUAAUUACUUCCUAAUAGAAAUGUUAUUUUUGCUGCAGAGUAUAUAAAGCAGAAUCGAUCUUGAAGAGCCCAUCACAGUGUUAAAUUAUUUUCUAGAUAACACAGCUUUGACUUCAGAAAGCACUGAUAGUAUCUUAUUACUUCUCUUCCUCACAGUAGCUAUUUAACAGCAAAACACAAAAGACGUAGAAUCUUGGGGUUGGCUCAAUGAUAGGAUUAGGAUAAAACAGGCUUAUUGUUAGUAUAGCACACCAUAAAGUACAUAUCCCAGCCUGACUCUCCAACAUUUUAUUCCCCUAUAGGGAAAUUUAGCUACUUGUUCUAGUGUGUAUUUCAAUAAAGAUCUGAUAAGAUUAUGGUGUGAUCUAAAAUGGGAGACAACCCAAGGAGUUAAGAAGAAAAUGCAAACUUGCUUUAAUUUGAUUUUCUAUGGUGAGCUACCUAAAGAAAUGAGAUGAUGUCACAUAAAGAAACAAGAUGGUGGCAGUGACAGAGAGAUUGCUGUGUGACUUUUGUCUCAUAGACUCAUUUUUCUUUGGAAAGUGUAUCAUUGAUAGGUUUAAGUCUCUUAAUGUUGACACCAAUUUACCUUGCAAAGUCUAAUGACCAUAGUUUCUCAUUUCACCUCAGAAAAUAAUCUAAAGACUCUUAAGAGAAGUCUACAUUGAGCACAUGUCACUAUUCAUUGAGGGGGUCUUUUGUUCAAAGUUCAGUAUGGCAUUGUCUUUCUGUUCAAAGGUAUCAUGCAUGUGUUUCAGAGCAGCAUACUCCCAUGCUCCCUUUUCUUGUCUGCAGUUUCAAAACUAAUGUGUGUGCUUUCAGUUUCCAUACAAAUACAGACAGCACACUCACAGAUUUUUGAAUUCAGUAAGUAUAAUAUUUGCUCAAACUUCCUUCUAGUGGUUUUACUCACAGAUGCUAAAUAUUUGCAAAACUCAAGAAUGUUUCCCACCUUUUCAUAUCCUAAAAUCCACUUCCAGUAAAUGGGGAAAUGACUCCAAAGCAGCAGAAGUGAGAGCCCAUGUGUCCCAGGUUCAUUCAAAGUUGGGUUGAUAGUCACCCAAAGUUGUAAGUGUUUUGUGUUUCAAACCACCCAUUUUGGAAAGUUGUUUUUUUUUUUUUAUACACAAAUUACUACUGGCUGCUUUACUUCUUUACGGCUGCCUCCCCACACACAUCCCACUUCUUACUGGGUACAUCCCAUGUUAAUUUUAUCUUGUGUUUUUGAAGGAGAACAAAGCCUCCAAAUGAAGAAAGUGAGUGUGGUAUUUAGGAGUCCAUAUUGUGAAUUUUUCAAUAUGUUACAGAGUUCUUAAAAUAAGUGAUGCAAAUAUUGGAACAUUUCAGAAUCUUUAUGGGAUUAAUCAACAAAUCAGUCCUCUUUAUGGUUUAUUUGUAGUCAUUUUUGUUUUCAAUUCAUGUUUUAAAAAUCAUGGAGAAUUAAAAGAACACAAAAGUCAUGGAGCUAUGUUUUAAAGUGAUUGGUAAGUGAUACCAACCCAGUUUCUUGGUAAUUCACUUUGUUUAUCUUAAAUCACAUGAUCAUUUAAUUAGCUAGAGUGUAUGCUUUGAAACUUACAUCUUUUACAAGAAAGGAAUUUUUAUUUAAAACAAAAAAAAGAAAUGGGACUGUCCAGCAUUAGGAAUUUUCACUUUAGAAACACACAUCCAUUAAAAACUAAGAGUACAUUUAAAUACAUAAUGCUGCCAAGUAUUAGGUAAACAAAUAUCAUUUCCCUAGCUACUCAAGCAAGGCCUUGUUUCAAGCACUAGAAUUUCAUUGCCUACAUUUUCCUGUUUCAACUAGUUGCAUAUGAUAAAGUUGUGCGGAAAGCCAUGCGCUCAUUAUUUAUGUGCAUUACCUGGUGUGCUGUGGACUGUGGUUGUCAUAGCACCAUUCCCUAAUGAGCAGCUUUGAGAAGACAUAAUAAUGAGUCAUGGAGGUCUCAGGAGGCCAUAGACAGGUAUUAGAGGAAUAAAAUAUUCCUUAGUUUUUGUUAUCAAUUUCUUAUGCAUAUGGUUAAGCAUGUCUGCGUAAGAGACAGUGUAAAUCUCUCUUCCAUAGGAGAAAAGGAAAACCUCAGAAACUAAUCUCAUCAGGGUUUUUUUUUUUUUUUUUUUUUAGAAUGGAUUUUAGUUUACUUACAAGGGUAUAGGAUAGGUAUAGACAGGCAGCCCUAGUAGUUUGGUUCAUCUCAAGGUUGGAAUACUUCCCUAAACUGUCAGCUAUGAAUAUUUUCCAAAUUGUCCAAGUAGUAACUUGUUUGUUUGAUAUCAUCACCUACAAACAUCAUCGAAAGUCACAAUUUAGUUUUCGCUUGAGUAAGCCAGCCUUGUGGGUUUGAGUAUAUUAAAAAACCCCAUUGCAAUUCAUUUUACUUUGCAUGAAUUUUAUUUUGUUAUAUUUCACUUAUCUUUAAUAUAGGAACAUAAAGUUUUAUAUGGAGCACAGAGUUAAGCAACUCUGCUGUCUGUAAGGAUUUGCCUAAUAGACCAAAUCCCCUAAAGUUUCCAUGACUCCUCAUCUCUAAAGUUCAAGCCAAACCAAGCCCACAGCCCUUUAUUUUACCUAAUGUUUAUGUAUGCACAGAAACUAAGUGGCUCCUCGACUUCAAGAAAAUGAUUUAAUUCAAAUUGUCUCUUUAGCUUGGAAAAUAGAUGAAUAUGGGAUUAUGCUGAUUUGAAAUUUCAGAUAUUUGAAUAUAAAUUCAAUGCUUUCUUCAACAUGUCAAUCUCAUUCUGUGUAAACAUUAUCUUAAAACUUAAACAUAUGCAAUACACAUUAUUCAAAAUAACAAAAAGAUAGCUGCAUGCAUACAUGCCAUUAUUUAAUCUUCUACAAAGCACUGAUUCAUUCUUAAAUAUAUAUUCUUUUAAAAAUAGUAAAUACCUCAAGAGCAACAGAAAGUCCCUUCCUUUUUUAUUUAGCAAUGCUAAUUUACAUUUUAGCAUCUCAUGCACUUGGUUCAAAGCACUAACCAACCAUAAAAAUAUAACUGUACAAUUGUGUUACUGUGACGUGGUGAUUUGGGGGCAUUUGCUUUUCUCUUGAAAUUGAGAGCUUCAGGUGUAAAGGGCCAUGAUAUCUACAUAUUGAUCAUUAGGUAUUUAAUUGUUUUCCAUUAAUGUUGGCUUGUGAAUAAACGAAAACCGUAGAAAUAUAUUCAUAAAGAAAACUUGAUUAUGCACACUGCUUUCUCUCAAACCUAUUUUUCUUCUUUAAAUUCUCUUUGAAGCUUAGCUGUGCAUAGACAAAGUAAAGAAAAAGAGAUAUUGCCUUUUAAACAUUGCUCUUCCUUGAAUUCCUAUAGUGGUGUGAUUUUACCUGAGCAACAAUAAAACUUCAAUGAAAUACUGGGUCAAGUUCAGUAUGCUGAGAACUUUAGGGACAAGGUUGAGGUCUGAAUCCCUAAAACACAUGAAAUAUGUGAAUCUCUGUGAAGUGAGAUACACUUUAACGUCUUACAACAGAAAUUGAUACUUGAAAUGGUACACACUGAGAUUCUGUCUAUUUUUGAGGGUCUGUCAUGAGGUGGUGCCUGUUGUAUUGGAAGAAAUUUACUCAGGUAGACAUUGUGAUGCUGAGGGUGUAUCAUCUAGGAAGAACUGUAUAAUGCUUCUCCUUUAUCACCACCUGUGAACUCGAAAGCUCUUGCCUUGACAAACACAUCACUCAGCAGACUAAUGAGUCUUAAUUAGCAAGAAGACUUGCCUGUGAAAAGUGGUCAGAUGCUUAUUCUAUUCUAUCAAAGGCUAGCAGCCAUUCUGGCACUCGAGUUCAUGUAACAACUACUGUACACACGACAGCAUCAGAAUUUUAAUGGACUUGCAGAGGAGUCUGAAUUCGAGGGUGAGAAAAUACAUUUGCUAACACGAAUCAUGGAUCAAAUUAUCUCUGUGUGUUUUACUUCCUGUAUAUGAAUAUAAAUGAUACAGAAGAUGCUCCUGAAAUGUCAACAUACUGCCCAUGGCAUGCCCUAGCAUGUGACACCUGUAUGAUGAAAUUACUUCAAUUACUCAGAUAUGUCACUAUAAUAAAAAUGUCAACACAAGAGUCCUA